AUGCGUCUCAAGCGUCACCAGAAAGCCGAACGCAAUAUCAACUUCUACUGUGUCAGCUUUGGUUUUCGAAAACCAUUUCAAAUACUGGUGGAUGGUACAUUUUGCAUGGCUUCAGCACAAAACAGAGUGCAAUUACGUGAAGACAUUCCCAAAUAUUUGGGCGGUGAUGUUAAAUUUUUAACCACUCAGUGCGUUGUUCUUGAGACUGAAGCUUUGGGUGCUGCUGUUCGACCGGCUAUGCACAUUGUAAAGAAUUUUGGUAUACAUAAAUGUGGACACGAAAAAAAACCCAUAUCUGGAGCAAGUUGUCUAACAUCAAUGACCAAAGAUAAUAUGAAAACUAGAUAUAUUGUUGCCACUCAAGACAAGUCACUUCAAAAUGCCCUUUAUGUUUUACCUGCUGUCCCUGUUAUGUAUUUUAAUGGUUUAAGUGUCAUUCUGAAAGCACCUUCACCAACUUCUAUUGAUUAUGCCAAACAAAAGCGACAAUCUAGAUUUAAUUUAACUGAACAUGAAACCAAUGUAUUGACAA